GUAGGGCUGAAAUGGUUGUUUCAAAGACCUAUUUCCUAAAGGUGAAGCUCUCUUAUAUUUCUAUCUUCUCUCUAUCUCUCUUGUUCUCGGUUAUAACCUAUACAUCCCUGCUCGAACAACAUCAGAGAGUGCGCCAUUCAAGAAAAAGCGCGGCCACCGAACAAUCCGAGACGUUCAAUUUCCUCGCAAAAGAAUCCGAUGGGACCACAACCCAUAUCAGCUUGGUGAACAUGGAAGAAGAAGAGGAAGGGAACGGUUGGAUCAAAUGGCAAGCUCUAGGCAAUACGACCACCAUACGUUUUGAUCGAGUGACCGAAGAUCUCAGGUGGGAGGACUUUUAUCCUGAAUGGAUUGAUGAGGACCAUAAAUUCAACGCACCCAAAUGCCCGAUCAUACCGAUGCCACGGUUCGAAGAGUUUGGAGCGUUCGAUGCCGUGAUCGCCCGUGUCCCAUGUGGUAGGGACCCGAAUAAGGGGGACAGGGAUGUGUUCAGGCUACAGGUCCAUUUGGUGGUUGCUAAUCUAGCAGUGAGGAGUAGCCGGGGAGAUGGACGGUCUGUGACCGUCGUGCUUGUGGGGUCAUGUGAGCCCAUGUGGGAGAUCUUUAGGUGUGACGAUCUUAUUAAACGUGAGGGAGAUUCAUGGGUUUAUAGACCCGAUUUGAAGAGACUGAAACAAAAGCUUCUCAUGCCCGUCGGAUCUUGUCAGUUGGCAGUGCCCGUCGUUAAACACGGCCAAGGAAAAAUCCAAUAUGAUUUCUCAAAAAUCCAGUACCCGCAGGAGCACCCAAGAGUUGCGUACGCAACUGUUCUCCAUUCAUCAGAGAGGUAUGUCUGUGGGGCCAUAGCACUAGCCCAAAGCAUAAUCCAGACCAACUCCACCAAAGAUCUGGUCCUUCUAGCCGAUAGAUCAAUAACCAAGAAAAGCAGGUGGGCUCUGAAAGCUGCUGGAUGGAAGAUCAAGAUGAUCGAACGGAUCAGAAGCCCGCAGGCCAAGAAAAAUGCCUACAAUGAGUGGAACUAUAGUAAGCUUCGAAUAUGGCAACUCACUGAGUAUGAUAAGAUCAUGUUCAUUGAUUCGGACCUGAUCGUGCUAGAGAAUCUCGACCGUUUCUUCACGAUGCCCCAGUUAUCCGCUGCAGGAAACAACGGUGUGUUAUUCAAUUCUGGAAUCAUGCUGAUCGAACCGUCCAAUUGCAUUUUCGAGAUGCUGAUGAAUAAGAGGGACCAACUUGUGUCAUACAACGGUGGUGAUCAAGGGUACCUAAAUCAAGUGUUCAUAUGGUGGCAUCGAUUGCCAGGGAGAUUAAAUCGUCUUAAGGUUUUUAAGCGGACCCACAAUAGGAACGGUCGUGAUUUGCCCAAUGCCUAUGCAAUUCAUUACUUGGGUUUUAAGCCGUGGUUGUGCUACAGGGACUAUGAUUGUAAUUGGGAUAAGAAGGACCAUCAGAUCUUCGCCAGUGAUUUGGCCCACCAGAUAUGGUGGCAGGUUUAUGACUCCAUGCCAACGCGGUUGCACCGAUUCUGUGCGCUCUCGCGGGGCAUGGAUAGGUGGCUGAAGAGGAUGAGAGAGAGGGCCCACAUUGCUAAUUUGGACGGUGGGCAUUGGAAGAUCAAGGUGAAUGAUCCAAGACAACUUCAUUGAUCAUGUAAUCUGAAAGCAUAUGUGUGGAACCAUGAAAUUAGACGGUCUGGAUCAGCAUUGAAGGUGUGCAUGGUGGACAGUGAUGUAGUGAUUCUGACCGUCUAUCUGUUGUACCCGACCAGGGACGUGUUAGCCCUCAAAAUCUGACAGACUAGAAAAUCCAUAUCGUUUGAUCUUUGGCCUAUUUUUUUUUUUAAUUUUUUUUUUAUUAUUUAUUGUCCUUUUUAGGCCUCAGAUUGAAGGGUGAGGAUCUUUUGAACGUUGAGGAUUUUGGGUGUACCUUAUGGAAGCAUGAUUGUUUGUUUGUGUAUCAAUUGGAACCGUUCAUCC